AUGCUCGCCAGGCAGAAGCUGCUCGAUUCAGCCAAGCAACAGCAGGGCAUGAAUCGAGCUCUGAAACAGAUGUGCGAGACAGCAGAUGUCCCGAUUGCCUGCACCGACGCGCAAGAUAUUUUCUCGAGCUUCUCCUCGAAGCUAAAUGAUUGGAGCAAAGACAACAUGAAGAGAUAUGAGAGCAUGCGCAACGACCUCGCACUGAUCGCCUCCGAAGACCUCGACAUGGAAGUUCUUACCACCAUGAGCACUCACCUUGCAGUGGAGGAAAUUCCGGCUGACGAUGGACUCGGAGGAAAGGGAGGAGGAGGAGGAGGAGGAGGAGAUCAGGAGAACGAGAACCCGAACGCAACGCCGUGCGACGAGGCUCCAGCGGGGGAGGUCAAGAAGCAGAAGCCUACCCAUUACAUCACAGAGGAAGAGUUCCUGAGCGUUUCCAACGUUGUCCGGGGAAGGUGCAAGCUAGACGAGUGCAACACACUGCUGGAUGUCAUCCUAGCUCAUUGCCGCAAGACCAAGAGCUCGCAUCCGAUCUCGACCGUUGAGCUUGUCAAGAUCGGUGCGAGAGUGACUGGACAGACAGGGGGCAGUCGACUUGCUACCCUCCGAAGCUUGAAGAGGAUCGAGAUCAGCAAGGAAGGAGUGCAGCUCAGCUCCAAGUGGUUCCCCCGAUAA